GAUACAUACUCCAAGUGUGUAAUUCAGUCUUAUUCAGUUUCCAACGCACACCUGUCAUCAGAAAUCCGAAGUUGACGCCCAGCCUAGCCUUAGCUAAAUGGUGAAAUCCGUAAAGUCACAUUCCGUUCGACUUUCCCCCGAAAGCCACCAAGUGGCACCUUCCCUCUUCCAUCAUUGCAGGUUACACGUUACCUUACUUUACUUGAGUACUGGAAUCUGAAUGUGGGCAAAAUUUCUUUUGGUUGUUGCUGCCAUAAGUGUAGGAGGUCUGUUGACACGGCGAAGGCGACCUUCCAUGCCUCCGGGGCCUCAAGGUUGGCCUCUGAUUGGGAAUUUACUGGACUUACCAACGGCCUACGAGUGGGAAAUUUUCGCCAAGUGGGGGGAACGAUGGGGUGAUCUCCUCUCGGUCUCAAUAUUCGGUACUACCGUUGUUGUCAUUAACUCGUAUAAGCGGUGCCAAGAGAUGCUCGACAAGAAAAGCAAUGUGUAUUCUGAUAGGCCCUACGUCCCAAUGGCAAUGGAACUCAUCGAGAUGAGGGACUCUAUGGGAUUCCUUCCAUACGACAAGCGAUUCAAAUCAUCCAGACGUCUCUUUCAUCAGGAACUUGGCAGUAACUCUGCCGUCCAAGGUUUCUUCCCGCAAGAAGAACAAUUAGGUAAAAAGUUUGUUAGACGGGUUUUGCGCAAUCCGGAUGGUCUUUUGGACCACUGCUUUCAACACGCAGGUGCUAUCAUUCUCCGGGUUGCUUACGGUUACGAGGCAGAGGAAUCCAACGAUCCUUUCGUCAAUAUUGCGAAUACUGCCAUGGAUAAUUUUAAUCGUGCUACUGCCCCAGGAGCAUUCCUCGUUAACCAAAUGCCGAUUCUUCUGAAAGUUCCCGACUGGUUCCCGGGCACGGAAUGGAAACGCAUUGGCCGAGCAUGGGCAAAAGAUUAUUGGGCAAUGGUCGAUGUACCAUUUAACUUUGUCAAGAAGCAACUAGCGGAAGGAACCGCAGAAGAUUCCUUCACUGCAAAAUGGCUCAAGCAAAAACUUACACCCCAGGAAGAGCUCGAUCUCAAAUUUGCUUCUAGCUCUAUGUUCGGUGCUGGAGCGGAAACUACUGCGGUCACUGUUCACGUCUUCUUCUUGUUGAUGGCAAUGUUCCCUGAGGUUCAAAGAAAAGCGCAGAACGAACUGGAGUCAGUCAUUGGAAAGGAUCGGCUGCCCUCAUUUGAAGAUAGAGACCGUUUGACGUACGUUGAAGCGGUGUGCAAAGAGGUGAUGAGGUAUCAUGCUGUUGUUCCCAAUGGUCUUCCUCAUUGCACGGCUGCGGACGAUAUUCAUGAUGGAAUGUUUAUUCCCAAGGGCGCUAUCAUUUUUGCCAACAUCUGGAACAUGACACACGAUCCAGAGGUCUAUAAAAAUCCAAUGGAAUUCAAUCCAGAGAGAUUUCUUGGUGAAUCCCCAGAACAGGAUCCGAAAGACAUGGUCUUCGGCUUUGGGCGCAGAAUUUGUCCAGGUCGUUUACUUGGGGAUGCCUCUGUAUUCAUCACGCUGGCAAUGAGUCUAGCGGCGUUUGAUAUAGCUCCUUGUGAUGGAGAGCCACCCUUGUCCUUGAAGAAUAAGAGUGGAAUUGUGAGCCACCUUCAUCCAUUCAAGUGCGAGAUUUCGCCUCGUAUGGACAUUGAUAUUUUGUCCGCUUUGGUCAACUAGUAUGAUUAAACCAUGCUUUUCAGAGCAAUGAUCCACAUAACGUCUUUUUCGUCGAUUAAAACAUCCAGAUACCACAUACAUACUGCCUUAUAAUACACUGAUGAAGGUUCUUAUCUUACUACUAAGAUAAGCGACGCUUGGACUCGUGAGUAAAUUUGAAC